AUGAAGUAUUUGAUUGUUACUGCAAAUCUUUUCAAAGAAAUUGAGACAGAGAGAAUAGAAGAACGGAGGAGAGUGGAUCAUUUAAUCGAGACAGAGCAAAUAAAUGGUGAAGAUCGAUCAAGGUCACAAACCAAUAUGAAAUCUACAAAUCAAAUCUUUGAUGAAAUGUUUGAGCAUUUGGACAAUUUGUCUAUCAAAUCGUGUACCAUAUUCAAAGUAAAUGUAGGGCUACGUGAAUCAAAUCCAGAUGCUUAUACACCAAAGAUGGUCUCUAUUGGUCCUUACCAUGAAGAAAAUCAUCAACUUCGUCCAAUGGAAAAGUACAAAUUAUUGUUCCUACGACGGUUUCUCCAACGAAAAAGGGGGCUUGACGUGGAAAGUUGCAUGAGUGAAUUGGGGAAAAGGAAGGAGGAAGCACUAAAGUGUUAUGACAAUAUAGUAGACCUCUAUAAUGACACUACUCGCACUGAUCAAUUUUUGCGAAUGUUGUUGCUUGAUGGUUGUUUUGUGGUUGAGUUUAUUCGAGAAAGAGCUAAAAAAGUUACUACAGGGGUUCCAGAAGGAGAACACUAUAUUAUCAAUGUUGAUUGCAUGGUUAAUCAAAUACUUCGAGACUUGCUGUUACUAGAAAACCAACUUCCUUUCUUUGUCCUCACCAUGCUUGAUGACUUGACAAAGCAAGUUAAUGAAUUUCCAUUGAGACAACUGGUGCGGUUUGCCUUUGUUGAUACUUUGCCAAAAGUAACCCCUGCAUCCAUAACAGAAUUACACCAGGCAGAAAAUUUCAAACAUUUACUUCAUAUAGUACACACGUUAUGUCACCCUUUAGAAAAGAAAAGUACUAGCAGGCUAACUGGGAAAAGUUCUAGUAAAAGCAGAUGGUUCAAUUGUUCGCCAGCAAAUAGGUCGAAAGAAAAGUCAAAAGCUAAGGAAGCUCGAGAUAGCUUCAUAACGUGGCAUAAGGUCAUGCCAAAUGCAACAGAGCUUUCCGAAGCUGGAGUUAGCUUCGAAAAAGUCGGACAUAUUUAUAGAGCGAUGGACGAAGACAGUGCUGAGGAUAGCACAAGUUUAUUUGAUAUAAAGUUCGAGGAUGGAGUGAUGAAAAUCCCUAGUUUUCAUGUCAAUGAUUUUACGGAAACCCUCCUGCGAAAUCUCAUUGCUUAUGAGCAACAAACGUCUGAUGUACGUUCAAGAUAUUUCACUGAUUUUGCAAUUUUCAUGGAUUAUCUUAUUGACACGGACAAAGAUGUGAGUUUGCUUCGCCUGAAUGAAAUCAUUAGGAGCAGGAUAGGAGAGGACAAAGAAGUGGCUAGCCUCUUCAACAAACUUGCAAAAGGGGUCGUCAAUCUUGACGAAGUCUUUUAUUACGAAGAAGAAACCAAAAAAGCAAAUCAAUAUUGUCAAAAACCAUGGAAUAGAAUGAAGGCAAGUUUGCUGCGCAAUUAUUUUGAUAGUCCUUGGACAGGAGCUUCAACUGUGGCAGCCAUCAUACUCCUCAUACUCACAGCUAUGCAGACCGUUCUAGCUUUCACAGGUUGUGUUAAGAAGUAGUCAUUCUAAUAUAUACUGGUUGUUUGAAUGUCUCCAACCUAUUGUUUCCUCACAACUCCAUGCAUGCAGUUUUCAGGUGUAUUAAUGAGCUUACUCUGUCAAAGCUUUUGCAUUAUUAAUUGAUUAAAGGUGUGACAAUUAUAAUGAGAGUUUUUCUUUCCUCCAA